GACCCCCCCGGCUCUCUCUCUCUCGCACACUCUCUCUUUCUCUCUCUGUAACUGUAUCUGCACGCAGCAUAUGAAUGGCAUCGGCCGGCCAUGAUUCUGCUUAGUCGGCAACCCUCGUUCCCCAUUCCUGAUGAUGAGAAAUAAAUGGCUGCUGCUUCGUCUUUGCUCAAAUUAGAGGUCAAAUAGUGAUGUUGGAUCUCAACCUCAGUAUUGUUUCGGGCGAUUCUGUCUCCGGCGGAUUCGAGAAGCUUCUGGAAUUCCCUGCCGGUGGCAGCGGCGGACUCAUGGACGACACCGGAAGUUCCAACUCCAAUUCCAAUUCAUCCGUCAUCAAUGCGGAAGGCCCCAGCAAUACCGGCAUCGACGAUGACGACGGACGCACUCGAGGCAUUUUUGUUACACGGCAGCUUUUUCCGGAGACCGGAGGCGGAGGAGCUGAUGAACGUGGGUUUGGUAUCGGCUCUGGUUCGGCUUUUGCGUCGCUGCAUCAGUCGACCGGUUUCUCAUCUGGUCCGGCGGAGCAAAGGAUUACGCCCCAGCUGCAACCGAGGGUGCAGCAGAAAGUGAAGAAGAGCCGGCGGGGUCCGAGGUCUCGGAGCUCGCAGUAUCGGGGAGUCACGUUCUAUCGGCGAACGGGUAGAUGGGAAUCUCAUAUUUGGGAUUGUGGGAAACAAGUGUAUCUGGGGGGGUUUGACACAGCACAUGCUGCAGCUAGGGCGUAUGAUCGUGCUGCAAUCAAAUUCCGGGGCGUUGAUGCUGAUAUCAAUUUUAAUCUCAGUGAUUAUGAUGAUGAUAUUCAGCAGAUGAGUAAGCUAACGAAGGAAGAAUUUGUACAUAUCCUGCGCCGCCAGAGCACUGGAUUCUCAAGGGGGAGUUCAAAAUACAGGGGAGUGACACUGCACAAAUGUGGCCGGUGGGAAGCUCGAAUGGGCCAGUUGCUGGGAAAGAAGUAUAUAUAUCUUGGUCUGUUCGACAGUGAGAUAGAAGCUGCAAGGGCUUAUGACAAAGCUGCAAUGAAAUGCAAUGGAAAGGAAGCUGUCACCAACUUCGACACUAGCACAUAUGAGGACUGCAUAGUCUCUGGAUCUGAUAAUGGAGACAACUGCCACAAUCUUGAUCUUAAAUUGGGGAUCAGUCCCUCCUAUGUUGCCGAUCACCAAAAAGGUCACAGCAAUAUGGAAGGCUUUGGUUUUCAUUUGCCGGGCAACCCUGGUGAUGUGCCUAAUGACCCAAGAGCAAAGAGUGAGAAAUCUGCUUCAGCAACAUUUUGGGCUCAACCCCCUAAUGGCUUUUCUGUGACAUCUGAACACCCCCUUGGCUGGGCUGGUGUUAAUUCUAUUUCCUUUCCAAUACAUAUGGAAAGAGCAAGAGAGAAGGGGAUGGAUGUAGAAUCCUCACUGAACUGGGCACGGCAAGUCCAAGGCCCUUAUGGUGUGGCUCCUCCUGCAUCACUCUUCUCUGCUGCAGCAUCAUCAGGAUUCUUUUCUUCAACUACCGCAUUUGGUUCAUCAGCUACUGUUUCUCAGCCUAAUACAACAAUCCUCAACUACCCUUACACUCCAUCCAUCAACAAUCCCAACUUAUCCCCCUAUUGGUGCAGGAGCUGAAACCAUCAAUGGAUACACCACCAAGCUCCAUGGUCUUUUCUAUUGGAGAUGGGCGGUCAGGGAAAGCAAGCGAAGAGUGGUAGUUAAAACUUUCUUUCUUCAUGUGCGUUUGCAAAAAUUUGGAGUAAAUUUGGACAGACAAGGUACGAGUAAGUGCCUUGCUCAAAUGGGGUUUCCCUGUUUUUUUUGAAUUAGAGUAUGCUUUCCCUUGUUCACAGGCAAGGCUAUGUUAAAGAGUCUGGCCUCCAGGGGAAGGACUCUGUUCUGUAUGAAACUUGUCACCGACUUUGCAUUGAUUCCUGUAGAUAGUUUAGUUUAGUAAAUCCAAGAGUUUUACAUA